AUGAAUUCGAACAAGAUUUCAGAGAUGAAUUUAUUAAGGGAGCAUUUUUUUUCUGAAUCUGAUCAGUCAGAAGAUAUCAUUGAAGCCGCUUAUGCGGUUGACUCCGUGCAAGACAUUACAAUUUUGAAAUUUAGUGAGAAUUUUGCGGAGGAAAUUGGCAAAUACCACUUUUCUACUUUCCAGCUUACAUUUGAUUUUUAUAUGAAGUACUCAAAGUCGAAGGACUUUAGUGCAAGGAAGAGCAAGACCUUCAAGAAUAGUACUGGUGAGAUUUACAAACAAAAGUUUGUAUGUCAUAGGCAAGGAUUCAGGAUGGAGAAAUAUUACACGAUAGAAAAAAGGAAGAAGGCGCCUAGAUUGGAAACAAGAACUGGAUGUGAAGCCCGAAUGGAUGUUAAAUUUGUACCAGAAAAUGGAAGGUGGCAUAUCUUUUAUUUCUCUGACGAACACAACCAUGAUCUAUUGGAUACACAAUUCAGUGCUAUGUUGUCUGCCCACAGAAAAAUGUCAGAGGCAGAUAUUAUGCAAAUGAUGAACAUGCUAAAGUCAGGGAUUAGUACCUCACAGAUAUUUGGUCUUCUAGCUAGUCAAGCAGGCGGGUACGAAUUUGUUGGCUAUGGUCCCAGAGAUAUGUACAAUGAGAUUGCUCGGCAAAGGCGUCAAAUUCCUGAUGAUGCAGCACGAGUGUUGAAGAAGUUGGAGGAUAUGCGAGGUUUGUUACAUAAUUUGUUAUGGUCUGAUGGGAUUAACCAACUAGACUACCGACUCUUCGGGGAUGUUAUUGCUUUUGAUGCUACGUACAAGAAGAACAAGUAUAGUUGUCCAUUAGUCAUAUUCAGUGGGGUUAACCACCACAACCAAACAAUUAUUUUUGCUGCUGCAUUAAUUGCGGACGAAACUACUGAUACAUAUAUUUGGCUCCUGCGUCAGCUCAUGUUUGCAAUGAGGGGCAAGACCCCGACCUCAAUCAUAACUGAUGGGGCCAUGACGAUGAGGAAUGCAGUGAGAGAUGUAUUUCCCGAAGUCAGACAUAGAUUAUGCGCUUGGCACCUUAUUCGAAAUGCAACUAGCAAUGUUGGAAAUCCAUCGUUUACAUCUAAGUUCAGAAAAAUCAUGUUGGGAGACUACGAGAUUCCCGUGUUUAAGCUUAAGUGGGUUCAGCUUAUUGAAGAAUUUGGCAUUGAGGAUAAGCCGUGGGUGAUCAACAUGUACGAAGAGAAGCAUAUGUGGGGUACUGCAUAUCUAAGAGAAAAAUUCUUUGCUGACUUUAGAACUACAUCAAGAUGUGAAGGUUUACACUCAGUUGUGGGAAGGUAG